AAAAAAGAAAAAUUGGUCAAAAACAUUGAGGUGUCAAAUAGUAAUUGCAUAUCAGAAGAUUCUAAUUUUUAAAAUGGAGCCAGAAACGACUCAAAGGUCAAGUCAGAGACUCAGAGAUCGUCGCCUACAAAUCUUUCUUAGUUCGUUUCUUCCUAUUCACGCUUUCUCCUCAUUCUGUUAUACUUUUUCAUAUCUUGUUCAUUCAGAUAUGGCUUCUUCAAGAUGGAUCAGGCCCGAGGUGUAUCCACUGUUUGCUGCAGUGGGAGUUGCUGUUGGAAUUUGCGGGAUGCAGCUUGUUAGGAACAUCUCCACCAACCCUGAAGUCAGGGUGACAAAGGAGAAUAGGACGGCUGGUAUACUUGAGAACCACGCAGAAGGAGAGAGGUACGCGGAGCACGGUCUGAGGAAGUUUGUGCGCAACAAAGCUCCUCAGAUCAUGCCAUCUAUCAAUGGCUUCUUCUCCGACCCCAAGUACUGAAACGGAGGAGACUUAUCAAUUAUCAUGUUAGGGAUUUUGGGAAUAAAAACAUGGUGUGCUUGUUUCUAGUACAUCUUGUUUCGUCUGUAUGAAAACCAUAUCACUUAAAAACAUCUUUGAAAUGGUUAUGAUGUUGAAGAUUAUAAUUUAACUUGUCUUGGUAAUAAUGGUAAUAAUGGAUGAAUUUGAGAGUUAAA